AUGGCGGUCUCCUCGAGUUCCUGCCGUGGAGGCAUGGCUGUGGGCUUGGCGCUGGGCGCCGUCAUUGGCUGGACCUCAAGAGGUAUGUUGGCAGUUCCGAUGCGACCCGCUGGCCCCGUUGCGGCCUCAGGCUUGCAGACGGACAGUCGCGGUCCUGGCACCGUGACUCCGGAAGAUGAAGAAUAUGAAGAUAGGGCCCAAGCUGGAGAGCGUGUAGAGGUCCCUAAUGGCACACAGCUACAGGGACUGAAAAGUGAGCCUACGCAGAGCAGAACUGCAACGGACGGUGCCGGGGCUUCCGAGGGCUCCUCCUCCACCUCCCUUGCAGCGCUUGGAUGGAGCAGUCCACCUGCCAAGAGCCAGCCAUUCCCCGCGAAGCGCUGCGAUGCACAGGCAAAAAGUCUCUCAGGAUAUUUUGGGAUUUGUGCAGAGGCCAGCUGGUCUUGGCUUACGAGUUACUUAGCUCCCGAGCAGCAGGGCCGGGCUGCCGUAUUGGUUGAUAUCGGCUGCAACAAGGGCUACUCUUCGGCUCGCGUCUUCGAGCGGUGGCAGCCCAGUGCGUUGCUGAACCAGCAAUCCUUGGGUCGAGCUCAUCAGAAGUUGGGGACACCCAAAUCUUGCGGCGUCUGCCAGGAUUGCAAGCAAAAGCCCCUCAAGCUGCCAGCAGGGGUCCGGAGCACACGCACACCCCUUGUCCACUGCAUUGAUGGCUCCCCCAGAACUGUGAGUCGAACAAAGCAGGCAAUGGAGCUAGCAUCCCCGAAGUCUAUGACGGGGAUGCAUUUUCACAAUCUGGCCUUUACGAAUUUCACGGGGACGGUUCAGUUUGGCGAUUGCGAUGCCAUGGAGACCUGCAGCAUGCACAAGGGAACUCCGGUGACAGUGAAGGCGAUGAAGCUCGACGCUUUCGUAGCCCAGGAGGCACUGAAAUUUAUUGACAUAGUGAAGAUUGAUGUGGAAGGUGCAGAGCCUUUAGUUCUCCAAGGGGCAAUGGCCGCCUUGAAGUCCGAAAAAGUGGCCUUCGUGCACUUUGAGGCCAACACUGAGCCUAAGGAUGCAUGGAAAGAUUUUGAUAUCACGUGGAUGGUAACCACCUUGGAUGAUCUUGGCUACAGCUGCUUUAUUGAAGCGGCCAAGCAUCGAGGCAAAUUCCUGGUUCGCUUAACUGGCUGCUUGCAUUCAACCAAAUUGCUGAAAACCGCUAAGCGAUUCUCACAGUACAAUGUCGUUUGUGCAAAGCGCGGAACUGUAGCUGAGGAGGCCCUACAGGACUGGGCACAUCUGUAG